UGAGCUACUAGCCUAUGAAUAAUCGACCAGUACUGACCCCUUGAUACCCUCCCUGUCCUGUCUGUCCCCACCUCUUUCUCCUUCUCAAUCUACCCAAAAAAUCCUCUGCUCCUCGUCUCCCCUGCCCUCUCUGCUGAGACCUCCCCUUAAGGGCAACUGAGGCGAUUCUGCGCAGAUACCCGAGUGGUUAUUUCGAAGAUGGAUUGUUUCGGGUAUCAGCAGAACGCCAUGGGAGCCUGCGAGGGGAUGGGGAUGGAGCCGGUGAUUUGCCCUAAACCACGUCGUUUUGGGUUCGCAAGAUGCCCAAUCAAUCACCAACCGGAGAUGGGCGAUGCAGCAGCAGCCAAUGAGCUCCUGGAUAUCAUUCUUCCUGAGCAGGGAGUUUAUGAUCCUGAGAGGCCUUCGCCGCCAUUUCUUCUUGGAUCUCCACCUUCAAGGGCCUCGAACCCAGUAGUCCAAGAUGCGCGGUUCAUGGAGGACAGGCUAGUUCACUCAUCUUCUCCAGCUCCACCAUCCACAUCAGCUCGUAAUGGAGGAGGAUUCACUCGAAUGAAGUUUGGGCACAAACCUGCUCCCGUUAGGAUCGAGGGGUUCAACUGCAGCAUCUCCGCAAUGGCAUAAUGCGGAGGAGAGGAAAAGGAGCCAAAGAUCUAGGGAAAGAAUUUUUGACAUGAGAGAGCAGGGGACAAAUAAUUGUGUUACUUCCUGUACAUAAGAGUCGAGUAAGUCGGCCAGUUUGUGCUGAUUUCUGUGUUUGGUCUUUCAAGACUUGCGUCUGUAAUUAUGAGGGUGAUGAAGGGAUGCCAAAGUUUUUUGCAGAAUAAAGAAGGAGAUGGGAACAAAGAAUUCCUUCCCUUGUUAGGGUGUUUUGCUCAAUAGUUUGUUGAGAAGUUCCAAUGAGCUUCUGCUCGUCGCUUUGUCGAUAUGUGAUCGGUGUCCUAUCAGUUCGCUAAUCUUCCUUUUGUUAUCUGUAAAUUUGGAUGAAAUCAAGGCAAGAAAUGAAUAUUGCAUAUUGGGGUCA